AUGGCUCUGUUUACCCCGCAAUCCCUUAUCCUUUGCCUGCGCCCUACUUCCCCCCUCCCUCUGCCCUGCUUCCCCCCUCCCUCUGCCCUGCUUCCCCCUCCCUAUGCCCUGCUUCCCCCUCCCUAUGCCCUGCCUCCCCCCUCCCUCUGCCCUGCUUCCCCCUCCCUAUGCCCUGCUUCCCCCCUCCCUCUGCCCAGCUUCCCCCCUCCCUAUGCCCUGCUUCCCCCCUCCUUCCACCUUGCUUCCCCCCUCCCUCCUCCCUGCUUUCCCCCUCCCACCACCCUGCUUCCCCCCUCCCUAUGCCCUGCUUCCCCCCUCCCUCCGCCAAGCUUCCCCCCUCCCUUCGCCCUGCUUCCCCCCUCCCUCCGCCAGGCUUCUCCACUCCCUCUGCCCUGCUUCCCCCCUCCCUUCGCCCUGCUUCCCCCCUCCCUCUACCCUGCUUCCCCCCUCCCUAUGCCCUGCUUCCCCCCUCCCUCUGCCCAACUUCCCCCCUCCCUAUGCCCUGCUUGCCCCCUCCUUCAGCCCUGCUUCCCCCCUCCCUCCUCCCUGCUUUCCCCCUCCCACCGCCCUGCUUCCCCCCUCCCUAUGCCCUGCUUCCCCCCUCCCUCCGCCAAGCUUCCCCCCUCCCUUCGCCCUGCUUCCCCCCUCCCUCCGCCAGGCUUCCCCACUCCCUCUACCCUGCUUCCCCCCUCCCUUCGCCCUGCUUCCCCCCUCCCUCUGCCUUGCUUCCCCCCUCCCUCUGCCCUGCUUCCCCCCUCCCUCCGCCAAGCUUCCCCCUGCCCUUCGCCCUGCUUCCCCCCUCCCUCCGCCAGGCUUCCCCCCUCCCUGCGCCCUGCUUCCCCCCUCCCUUUGCCCUGCUUCCCCCCUCCCUCUGCCUUGCAUCCCCCUCCCUAUGCCCUGCUUCCCCCCUCCCUCCACCCUGCUUCCCCCCUCCCUCCACCCUGCUUCCCCCCUCCCUCCACCCUGCUUCCCCCCUCCCUCCGCCUGCUUCCCCCCUCCCUCCUCCUUGCUUCUCCCCUCCCACCUCCCUGCUUCCCCCCUCCUUCCUCCCCGCUUCCCCCCUCCCUCCUCCCUGCUUCCCCCCUCCCACCGCCCUGCUUCCCCCCUCCCUAUGCCCUGCUUCCCCCCUCCCUCUGCCCUGCUUCCCCCCUCCCUUCGCCCUGCUUCCCCCCUCCCUCCGCCAAGCUUCCCCCCUCCCUUCACCCUGCUUCCCCCCUCCCUCCGCCAGGCUUCUCCCCAUCCCCUUCCUUGCUUCCCCCCAUCCCGCUCCCUGCUUCCCCCCAUCCCCUUCCCUGCUUCUCCCCAUCCCCUUCCCUGCUUCCCCCCAUCCCCUUCCCUGCUUCCCCCCAUCCCGCUCCCUGCUUCCCCCCAUCCCGCUCCCUGCUUCCUCCCAUCCCGCUCCCUGCUUCCCCCCAUCCCCUUCCCUGCUUCCCCCCAUCCCCUUCCCUGCUUCCCCCCAUCCCCUUCCCUGCUUCCCCCCAUCCCCUUCCCUUCUCUACACGGUGCAUAGCAACACGAACGCGCAUGCAGAAGUUCUUCGAUGACUGCAUCCCCUGGCACUAG